UUACCCUUUCCUAUUUGUUUUUUCUUUUUUCCUUAAAAAUUCCAUGUAUAAAUAGAAAUAAACCCAACACAAAGUCACAUACAAAACCACCUUAACAUCAAAUAAACCUAUUCCGUCCCCUACAAAACUUAUCUCCUCUUCUUUCACUACCUUAUCUUAUUCAUUCUUAAACACAUAAAAACCACAAUCUCAUGGAAGAUCAAAUCCACAACAACACAAAAAGAAUAAACACUAAUUCAAAUUCAACCACGUGCUUAAAACUCUUUGGUUUCAGUGUUCAAGAAGAAAACGAAGACUCAUCACCACCACCACCACGACAGCCACCACUUGAAGACGGUACAGGAAAUACUUCACCGUCUGGUUCAACGGAAUCCGUCAGCGGAGACGGUGGAGCAUCAAGUAUAAACCCUACCUCCGGUGACCGGAAAUACGAGUGUCAAUAUUGUUGUCGAGAAUUUGCAAACUCGCAAGCCCUAGGUGGACACCAAAACGCACACAAAAAAGAGCGCCAACAACUCAAACGAGCACAGUUACAAGCUUCAAGAAACGCUGCCGUUUCGUUUGUUCGAAACCCGAUUAUCUCCGCCUUUGCUCCGCCACAUCAUCUGCUCUCAUCACCGGGACAAGUUAUGAUGCCUACUGCUCCUCCGUCGUGGGUUUACAUGCCACCACGUGCUGCACCACCUCCUUUUCAUGUCUCAGUUUCACAUGGUUGUGCUUUUCCAUCGCAAAACAACAGUAACAAUGGUAAUAGUUAUAGUAUUAUAACGGGUGCAAGAUCUGCUAGUGCAGGUGUGUUACCGUGUGUUAGUGGUGUAGGGAAUUCUUCACCCACAUUGUCAACUAUGGGCUCACAAAUACAGAGCCUGGCCCAGUUUGGGAAACUUGAUGGGCCAUCUUUGAGUAGGUUCUCAAAAGGAGAUGUGGGGCCCAACUUUGAUGAAGGAUUUGGUUUAGAUUUGCAUCUUAGCCUAGCUCCACCGUGAUCGAUCAACUUAGUUCAGCUCGACUCUUGUUCAGGAAAUCCAUUCAAAAUGGACUCGAUUCAAAAAUUCAUGCAGUAAAGAAUCUCGAUCGUUGAUUUAAGGUUAAAUGAUCUAGAUUGUACUAUUAAAUUGAUCUGGUCGAUUGAUUUAGAUCCAAUAGUACGAAUGCGGAGUUCAUUUCCAUUUAAAAGUGAGUGAACAUGUACCAUAUGAUGUAGCCAUCUCUAGUUUCAAACUUCAUGAGCCGUUUAGGAGGGUGGCAUGUUUAGUUGCUAGUACCUCAACUUCAAAUCUUGUACAUUUUUUUUCUUCUUCUUCUUCACGUACAUUUAUUUGUUGAUUUUUCCCUCUCAAAGUGUUGCUUAAUUUCACUUGGUACGGAUAGUAAUUAAUUUGCUCAAGGACCACAUACAUGUACACUAAUUUUCUUUUACCUUUUCUCACUAUUAUUGAUAUUUUGUA